AUGUCCCGUUGUACUCGAAAGGGCUGUGGCAAGGACUUCACGUCGACCAGCACAGACAAAUGUAUUUUUCAUCCCGGUGAACCAGUAUUCCAUGAAGGCCUCAAAUCUUGGUCUUGCUGCCAAAAUGUGAACAAAUCUGUUUUAGAUUUCGACGAGUUUAUGAAUCUACCAGGAUGUACUGAAACAGAUCUUCACACUUCUGCGACACCACAGGCAGAAUCUACACCCAAACCUCCCUCUACAGCCAACUUGACGACUAUCGAAAAAACAGUCGACGGGAAGGAAACAUACGGAACUACAUUGCAACGGAGCACCACUCCAGCUUCCGCCCCGGUCGCGGCGCCCAUCGUCGAAGAGGAGGAUGAUUUAACUAUCCAGGUUUCUGUUGGAACGCCCUGCAGGCGUAAAGGUUGCGAAACAAAGUUUAUCAAUCGAAUUGGAGAUGAGGAGGGAGCCGUCUGCAUUUACCACCCCGCUCCGCCAAUUUUUCGGGAAGGCAGCAAGGGAUACCUUUGUUGCAAGAGACGCGUCCUGGAGUUUGACGAAUUUCUCAAAAUCAAGGGGUGUAAAAAGGGCCGUCACCUCUUUUCUCCUCCUCCUGAACUCAAGGUAACAUUCAAGAAAGACACAGAAGAACUGGUAACUUGUCGGGUUGACCAUUAUCAAACCAUAGAACAGGUUCACGUCUCAAUCUUCGCGAAGCAAGUCGAUAAGGAUCGCAGCACCGUCCAAUUUUUUGAAUCAGAAGUCACGCUUGACUUGUUCCUCCCCGGAUCGAAGAGGUUCAAACACACCCUGAAUCUCUUCGGGCCUAUCGAUCCGACGAGAUCACACUUCAGUGUUUUCGGGACCAAGGUUGAAUUGCACCUUCAAAAAAGUGAUACCCGAAGUUGGACCAUUCUAGAAAAAACGAAUCGUGACCUAGGUAACAUCAGUCUUACCUUCGGUGUGGGUGGUAGGACCGGAACAGUGGGUGCAAAAGACAUUGUCCUUGAUCCGUCGAAUGGCGCGAGAGAUCUGAAUUCCUCUACGUGA